CUUGCUGUAGCAGACAAAGAACAAACUAGCUGCUUACCAUAAACCUCAUGCCUACAGGAUGCUUCUGGAGGACAGAUCAAUCAUUCUUUAGCCCCUUACAGAGGGGAAAAAAUCCCCUCAAGCAACAAAACACCUCGAGAUGAACUAGAGCAGCGUUGUUGUUUGGCUAGCUGCAUUUCAUCUACUACAAUGAAGAUAUUGAUUUUCACUGGACUGCUCUCUCUUACCUCCAGUCUUUUCACAACAGCUUCGGAAUUUUCACUGAAUGGCUCUGCAAUUAAAACUGUAUCACUUAUAAAGACUUUCCGUGGAAUUUCAGCAAGAGACUAUGAUUACAUCCCGCCGUAUGCUAUAGAAGGGGAGACCACGACUAUUCAUAUCAAAGAACACAAAUGCUCUUCAAAAAAGUCAAAUGACUCCACUUUAACAACAGUGAACAACACCACUCUGGAGUAUCUGACCAGUUCUCUGAGUACCAAGCUAAUACCCGCCAUCUACCUCAGUGCUGUUUUAUUGGGUGUACCGUCUAAUGCCAUCAUUUUGUGGAUGCUGCUGUUCAGAAUCCGGUCUGUGUGCACUGCCAUUCUCUACACAAACUUGGCUGUUUCAGAUCUGCUCUUCUGUAUCAUGCUGCCCUUCAAAAUAGCAUACCACAUCAAUGGGAACAACUGGAUAUUUGGGGAAAUGAUGUGUCGAACUACCACUGCAGUGUUUUAUGGCAACAUGUACUGCUCCAUUCUGCUGCUCACGUGCAUCAGCAUCAGCCGCUACGUGGCCAUCGUUCACCCCUUCACCUACAAGAGCUUGCCGAAACGUGUCUAUGCCAUCACAGUCUGCACUACUGUGUGGACCAUCGUGUUCUUGUACAUGCUCCCGCUUUGCAUAAUGCAACAAAGCUAUUAUGUGAAGCAACUGGACAUUUAUACCUGCCAUGAUGUGCACAAUGCCUGUGAAACAGUAUCUUCCUUCCAAUUCUACUACUAUGUUUCUUUAGCUAUCUUUGGCUUUUUAAUACCUCUUGCUACUAUCAUUUUCUGCUAUGUCUCAAUUAUACGAACUCUCAAGACUCAUGAAUGGUUCUGGUAUGUUAAAGUCAGUCUUUUCAUCCUUACCAUCUUUGCUAUUUGCUUUGUGCCAAGCAAUAUUAUCCUUAUUAUCCACCACAUCAACUAUUACUAUUACAAAAUAGAUGGAUUGUAUUCUUUUUAUCUGAUUGCUUUAUGCCUUAGCAGCUUAAACAGUUGCCUUGACCCUUUCCUUUAUUUUCUGAUGUCGAAAAUUAAAAGUCAAUCCAAUAUUUAUCUAACAAUGGUUAAAAUAUCCAGGGAAAAAUGAAUUUAGUUCAAUAUUUAUACUAUUGCAAUUAUGAUUUUGUAUAGCACUAACCCAGGCAGCAACAAACCUCAGGUGCAACAAUUAAACUUUCAAAAUAAAAAAGUGUUAAGGAAGACAAUCUCAAUAAAAAUUUACUUCCUUCCACAUACCACAGAAGUAACGUCUUCAGAAACAUACUUUUCCACCCCUAAAAUACACCUCUAUCCAUUCAUUUCCUUCUGAGAAGAUCAAUUUCAGGGCCUCAGAGAAGAAACCAGAAUAUCUGUCACCACAGCCUCUGAACACCAGAAGAGAAAUCAACAUCCAAACAGCACUUUAGGCCCAUUCAUGAUUUCCAAAUACUGCAAAUUAGCUCCCAGCCCACAAACACUGCAGGAACAGUGAUGUGAAAACAAGUUUUUGGCCCAGUGGAAAUGGCAACAAGUAAAAGCACUUUCUACGUGCCUUCAGGCUGUUGAGCUUUGCAGGACCUCCCUGUCAACAAAUACUGCCCUGGAUGUUGGAAAUAGAGAACCAGAGUCCCUACGGGUUCAAGGAGCAAUAAAUCUACAGCUGUAGACAAGGAGCCUGAUACUUCUCAAGGCGGAAUCUCCUAUGAUUCUGCUUAAUCAGCUUUGCACAGGAGACUUGUUCUUCCACUUUGUCAGCGCCUGCACUCCUCUAGCCCAUGAGGAUUGCUAGGAGCUAACCCUUAUCAGUGUUAAUUCAGGCAUUUACUAUUCUUGCUUGGUAAGCAAAACAGGGAAGCUAUUUUGUAGUAUUCUCUAUUUCCACAUCCUCACAGGAAAUACCUACAGUGUUACAAAUACUGAAACUAGUUAUGAUUGAUUGUCCAUGUUAAUAAGGCAAAGGGUCAGCUUUUACAUUUACAGAAAUUCAAAAGCUGCGUGAGUAUAAGUUCCUGCAAAAUGAGCUCAAUGGUUGGCAUUUGUAACUAGAGCAUGUAAGACAUGAAUGUGAAAAAUGUUUUACAUUGGUUUGAUUAUAGUAUUGUAAAAAAACUUUACUUAAAUAACAUAAUUUGCACUGGAAAGUGUCUUCAAGGAAUUUGAAGCCUGAUAAGACUCCCCCUUUUUAAUUUCUUCUGGCUCCUAAUUUAAGUUAGUUUUAAUCAUAGCAUUCUCUCAACAUGGAUAAGAACAGAUUUUAAAGAUAAAUAAAAUAAUCCAGAUGUUACAAAACUAUUGUAAAUAUAAGAAGCCGUUAACCUAACUGUAAAAUCUGUGUGUCUAUGAGUCAAGAAAAUAAAUAACACAGGAACCAUUUCA